UCAGAGGCAGGCUGUAGUAAGACACUGUGUCAGGGAGAGGGAGAGUGUGGACCUGCAGACUCAGAGCUGUCAUCUGCAAAAGCUUUAAACUCUGUUGUUUCUGUGGAUUUUCUUCUGACACUUCCUGGAGGAGGAAUCAAUUUGUCUGUGUCACCCAAAGGAAACCUUUUUUAGAUCUGAAGGAAGUUUUUGUUUCUCGACUGAGUGGGACAGAGCGUGUGCUACCCUUGUGUUCAUUAACUGUGUGGUACCGUGGCUUCAUGAAUCAUUGAUAUCUCAGCUGAGACCCUGCUGUGUCGCGUGCACAUGGAGGCUGAUUGGUGGAGACUUUCUGUCUUGUUCUGAAGUCACAGCAUCAUCUUCUGCAGGCCCAAAGGAGUGCAUAGGCUAUCCAUUCAAGGAGCCCGGAGCUACAGGAAGAGAGAGAGAGAGGGAGAGAAAAUAAACACGGCUUAAAAAAAGACGCUCUUCAUGAAUUCCCCAAAAACCUGAAAAGCAAAUACUGCAAGUUGGCUGGCGGUCCUGAGGAGGCAUGUGGACAGUGAGUAUGGCUUGGCUCCGUCUCCCAGCCUACACUCUCCUCCUUGUUGGUUGCAUUCAUACAACUGUCAUGGAAAACGAUGUAACUCCACGCCUCACCUUCUCCUACAAUGCAAAGGAGAGGACAACCAGAAGUUUCUCAGUCGGCGGAGUCUUCAACUACACCUCUCUCCUUCUCAGUAAAGAAGAUAACAUGCUGUACGUUGGCGCUCGGGAGAUUCUCUUUGCUCUCAACCUCACUGAUAUCAGUGCAGUCAAGCUACAAAGAAAUCUCACAUGGAAAACUCCAGAGAGGAAGAGAGACGAGUGCAGUUUCAAAGGCAAAGACCUGCAGACUGAUUGCUUCAACUACAUCAAGAUUUUACUACAUAUGAACAGCACUCAUCUGUAUGUGUGUGGAACAUACGCCUUCAGCCCCACCUGUGCUUACAUAAACACUACAGACUUCUCCCUUGUCAAGAGCGAUACUGGUGAGAUUGUUACAGAGGAUGGGCGGAGCCGCUGCCCCUUCAACCCUGAAUACAAGUCCACUGCCAUCAUGGCUGAUGGAGAGCUGUAUGCUGGUACAGUCAGUAAUUUCCAAGGAAAUGAACCCAUCAUUUACAAGAGUCUAAGCCAAGGAACUGCUCUAAAAACAGAAAACUCACUCAACUGGCUUCAAGACCCAGCCUUUGUUGGCUCUGCCUACAUACAGGAGAGCCUGCCCAAGGGCAACCUAGUGGGUGAUGAUGAUAAGAUUUACUUCUUCUUCAGUGAAGCAGGAAAGGAGUUUGAUUUCUUUGACUACACCAUUGUGUCACGCAUUGCUCGCGUGUGUAAGGGUGACAUGGGAGGCGAGAGGGUUCUGCAGAAGAAAUGGACGACCUUCCUGAAGGCUCAACUCUUAUGCUCUCUGCCUGAUGAUGGCUUCCCCUUCAACAUAAUCCAAGACAUGUUUGUGGUAAUGCCCAGCCCCGAGGACUGGAAGAACACUGUGUUUUAUGGAGUCUUCACGUCUCAGUGGUAUAAAGGUGCUUCAGGAAGCUCUGCAGUGUGUUCCUUCACUAUGGACCAGGUGGAAACGGCGUUCAAUGGGAGAUACCGUGAGGUCAAUCGAGAGACUCAACAGUGGUACACAUACAACCAUCCGGUCCCAGAGCCUCGGCCUGGUGUGUGUAUCACAAACGCUGCCAGGGAACAGGGCAUCUCCUCUUCGCUACACAUGCCAGACAAGGUGCUGAAUUUUGUCAAAGACCACUUCCUGAUGGACAGCGUGAUCCGCAGCCAGCCUCUCCUGCUAAAACGUAAUGUUCGCUACACACAGAUUGCUGUCCAUCAAGUCCAGGCAGCAAAAAAGGCGUAUAAUGUGCUCUUCAUUGGCACAGAUGAUGGGAGACUUCAUAAAGCCAUUAAUGUCAACAACAAGAUGCACAUCAUUGAGGAGAUGGUGCUCUUCCGUGAUUCCCAACCAGUGCAACACAUUGAGCUGGACACUGAAAAGGGUCAGCUGUAUGUUUCCUCUUUCUCUGAACUGGUAGAGGUCCCAGUAGCUAACUGCACUAAUUAUCAGAGCUGCGGGGAGUGCAUCCUCUCCAGGGAUCCUUACUGUGCCUGGAACAGGAGGCAGUGUGUGGAUGUCAGACAGGCACCACCAAGCAAUGCCUGGCAGCAGGAUGUAGAAGAAUCAGACACAUCAGCUAUUUGCAACAAGACACUGCCAAGCUCACGGUUUGCUAAACCUCCACCUACACGAAUGUCUUCAUGCCAGGUGAUUAUUAUACCAGCCAACACGUUCAAGGUACUGCCUUGCAAGCUGCGCUCUAAUUUGGCUGAAAGGAUGUGGGAGUUCAGUGAGAGCUCAGGUCACUUCCAUUACCCCAGCCCAGAAGGGGGGCUAGUAGUUGUAGCUCAAGCUGACAGGCAGGAAACCUACGAGUGCUGGUCAGUGGAGGAAGGCUUCAGACAGCUGCUGGCAAACUACUGUGUGAGGGGCGAGGCAAAGCAGGAGAGCACCACCCUGGCAGGCCGUUCACGUACGCCACAGGUCUCCCAGGAGGAGUUCAUCAUCUUGCCAGGAGAGGCCCGCUCACCACAGAUCAACACUAAGACCUACUGGAACGAGCUGAUAGUGGUGUGUGCCCUCCUGGCGUUUUCCCUGGUGGUCUUCUCUCUAUUUGUGGUCUACAGGAACCGCAACCACAUGAAAUCCAUGCUCAAGGAGGGAGAGUGCCCCAACAUGCAGCAGAAGAAGCCCAGAAUAGUGGGGAAACCGGCUGAGAACUUGCCACUCAACGGCAACACAGUCACAGCGUCGGUGUCAGAUCACAAGGGCUACCAGACCCUUAAUGACAACUACAUCUGUAGCACUCCACCGCACGAGUGCUCGUCGCCCGACAACAGCAAGAGCUUCUCGGAGUCGGAGAAGAGGCCUCUGAACUUGAGAGAGAGCCAUGUAGAGAUUUCUCCCACAUGCCCACGGCCACGAGUCCGACUGGGCUCUGAGAUUAAAGACUCUAUAGUGUGAGGCCGGCUUCAUGUUAUGUGGAGUGAAUCAUUUUAAACCGAAAGGAAAGAGUGCACUUGCUGAGAAAGACAAAACCCUGUAAGAGGGAAAACUGAUCAGACUCUUCAUUUCAUUACACAGAUUUUGCACUUUGUCUAUUUUUUUUUUUUGUUCUGUCCCUGUGGUCAAUGUACAUUUCAUUUUGUUUUCCUUUCACUCCCCUUUAUUCAAGUGCAUUCGAAGUACACUGAAGAAGUUCCAUUUUGCCUUCAGUCAUCUGACGCUUUCACAUAUGGCUCACAGGAAUGUAACAUGUGUAAAGGUGGUGUCACAACUAUGAUCAUUUCAUAGCAUUGCUGCUCAGUCCGUCCAUAAAAUCUACUGGUAAUGCUUUGAAAGGCAGAGUGAUAUUCAAACAUGUUCCCACUAACAGCUGACACAGUGUUUGCUGUUUUUUUUUCAUUCUGUCAUCUGGUUAAGAGCCUACCCUUCACUGAGGCUAUGCACUAUGUACUGUUCUGUAGCAAAGUAAACCCUCACACCAGAAUAUACACUAAUAAUCCAGUGGCAAGCAAGAAAAGAGAAAAAUGUCCUGUCAUAGAUUUGUUUAUUUUUUGAAUAGCCAGUGUACAUUCACAGACGUAUACUCUGUUUUUGCUAAAAUAUAACACAACAAAGAAUUCAGAGAAGAAGAGUUGUGCUAGGAGUUGAUCAAAAAGAGACCAUUAUGUAUAAACUGAAAGAAAACACAAACAAGGAAUCACCUCAGUGGAAAUGUUGUAGAAACUCUUACCACCUCAAUCACUACACAACAAAAAAAUUAUAUAGUCAUAAAUGAAGACAAAUUAUGCUUUUUUUCUAAGUAUUGGUAUUAUUAGUCAAUACAAAUAUUCCUCUGUGGAAGCCUGACAGAGUUUUCUGUCACCAAAUGUGAUAAAGGGAAAAAUCUCAUUCCAGGUAUUAUCAUGCUGUUCUUCAUGAGAUAGGCAGUCUAUGCAAAGCAAAUAAUGUGAAGUGGGGUAAACACCAAGAAAACCUCACCUCGAGACUGAGUAAGCACAAAGGUGUUGGCGCUGUUAAUUACGUUAGGAUCGGUGGCACUGCAAACACACACCCACCUACGCACGCACGCACACACACACACACUAACUCUGAAGUAUGCAAGAGAUUUUAGCCAUUUUGGUGUAUUUUAUGGAGGAAGAUCGGCCAAAUGUUUCUUUUACAGAGAGACAUUUUUCAUAGUCAUUCUUUAAUGUUUUAAAUAUCAAUCACUGUUCUCAAAGGGAAAUAAUAAUAAAUAUUUAAAUACUACACCUAUUCAUAAUCUGAUAUAAAUAACACAUAUCUGUAUAGCCUCAACUUUGAUAUACAUAUUAAUGCGCUCUGCUUGGUUAAAUGGUUUUAAAGGCAAACAUAAAGGCAAUAAUUUUCAUUCUCAUCCAGUAAUAAACACAGGGAUUUUGCAUUUUAAUGAUCUUGAUUAGCCAUCUUCUUAUUCGGAAAUAAUGAAUUAUAAUCCACAUGAUCCACCAAAUGUAUGAGUCAGAUGUUAGAGGAACUUGAAAGCAUUUUCCAUGUCAUACAUUAUUAUUUAAGUCUCACUUGAGUUUGGCUCUAGUGUUGUAAUGCGGCCAGCAAAAUUCAAAUUUCACAAGAAUGCAGGAAGGCAUACUGCUUGACUCAGAAUGCAUAGGAUUUGCACACGAUGUUGAAAAGCCUUAGUACAUUGCAGGUUAUGGA